GUGUCUCGCGCGGCCCCGCCGGAGCCGCAAGAUGGCGGACACAAUGAGGGGGAGCCGCCUCUCCGCGGCCUGACCACGCCGAGCCCGCCGCCCUCCGCCGCCCCUGCGGCCCCUCACUGCCCCUCACCGCCCCUGACCGUCCCGCCUCGGCCGGCCCCGCCGUUCCCACCACCGACCGGAGCCCCGCCCGGCUGCCCUCAGCGCCGCCGCCCUCGCUCGGUGCGGCCCGGCGGGCGGGAUGAAGCUGACGGACAACGUGCUGCGGAGCUUCCGCGUGGCCAAGGUCUUCCGCGAGAACUCGGACAAGAUCAACUGCUUCGACUUUAGCCCCAACGGCGAGACCGUCAUUUCCAGCAGCGACGAUGACUCCAUCGUUCUCUAUGACUGCCAGGAGGGCAAACCAAAGAGGACCCUGUACAGUAAGAAGUAUGGAGUGGACCUCAUCAGAUACACACAUGCUGCCAACACUGUUGUGUACAGCUCCAACAAAAUAGAUGACACAAUCCGAUACCUCUCCCUGCAUGACAAUAAAUACAUUCGCUAUUUCCCGGGGCACACAAAAAGGGUGGUUGCUCUUUCAAUGUCUCCAGUGGAUGAUACUUUUAUUUCUGGAUCUCUGGAUAAAACUAUUCGUCUUUGGGAUCUCCGCUCUCCAAAUUGCCAGGGUUUAAUGCAUCUCCAAGGGAAGCCAGUGUGUUCUUUUGACCCAGAAGGGUUGAUUUUUGCUGCUGGAGUCAAUUCUGAAAUGGUGAAGCUUUAUGAUCUCCGUUCUUUUGACAAGGGGCCAUUUGCUACAUUUAAGAUGCAAUAUGACCGAACGUGUGAGUGGACAGGCCUGAAGUUCAGCAAUGAUGGGAAACUCAUCCUCAUCUCCACCAACGGCGGCUUCAUUCGGCUCAUCGAUGCCUUCAAAGGAGCUGUCUUGCACACGUUUGGGGGUUAUAACAAUAGUAAGGCUGUCACGCUGGAGGCAUCAUUCACACCAGACUCUCAGUUCAUCAUGAUAGGUUCAGAGGAUGGGAAGAUUCAUGUUUGGAAUGGAGAAAGUGGGAUGAAAGUGGCUGUCCUAGAUGGAAAACACACAGGUCCUAUAACCUGUCUGCAGUUCAAUCCAAAAUUCAUGACUUUCGCUAGUGCAUGUUCCAAUAUGGCCUUCUGGUUGCCGACUAUUGACGACUAAUUCCUGCGCUGCGGCCGCUGUGGAUGGCGCCAUGCUGCUAACAGCAGCACGUCAUUGCAAGCAUAGUUCUGGAAUUGCCUACAUCUCCUAGACUGUGUUCCUGUUCUUGCAUAUUUUCCAUGUCUUACCUUUAUCUACAGCAUUCCGUUGUGAGGACUGCUCCUCUUGGCCUCCUGGCACGCUAAAGAAGCAGUAUGCUACAAGUUCUUACCUUCCAAGCCCAGCAGGCUUUAGCCUAAGAUGGAACUGACACAGUGUUAUUUCUUAGAGCCUUGAAGUCUGUUAUCUACAAAAUGUUUGUGGCAUUUUUUAAAGCUGUAAUUAUGUGUUUUCCUGCUGUAAAUGCACAAGGCUAUUGAUGUUCCAAUGUGGAGCGUGCAGUUCCUUUCCAUAAGUGCAUGUUUUUAACGUCUGGCAUCUCUGGUUUCACUGCAGUCCACAGAUGCAAAUACUUCUGUGCCAAAUGUGAACACUGACAGUUUUCAACGGCAGAUGCUGGAUUCUCUUGCAGUGGAACAUGCACCAGAAGUGUGGGUAGCUGUGAACGUACCUCAUACAUCUUGUCAUCCUCUUUUUUUUUUGGCAAUUUAGUGUGCAACUGCACAGGUUUCAUCCACUAUCAGAGAUUGCCAAAGCGUCCCUGCUGUUUGCUGUGUCAACAUCCUGGAGGUGCAGAGAGCACUGCUGAGGUCCAGCCAGUGUCCUGAGCAAUAAAGGAGUCUGUCAGCAGAAGAUGGAGAAACCACACUGAGACUGAAAGCACAGUCUGCCUGUGUAUCUUCCUUAUGUACCAUCUUGGCUGAUCUUACUUGUAAAUAUCAUGGGGUGGGUGGGCAGUGGGAAUGGGCCAUAUUUUUUUACUUUUAGAUAUAAAAGAAUAUGAUGUGGGCCAGUAAUGUGAGGUGUCUAGGCUGUUUACUUUCACCGAUGCAGUUUUCUGCCCCCUGGUUUGUAAAUAAGCUCCAUGCAAUUCAUCCCACAGCAGGCUUAGACUGGUAUCCCUUUGUUGUUUGGUAAAACUGAUUUGGGUAGUCCAUCUCACAGUUUGGCACUGGUCUGCAGGUUUUUGGUGAUAGCUCCAAAAGAGCCAUACAUCCUUUGUCAGAUGUUGUCUUCAGAAAUUAAUUUUAAAAAUCUUAGACAUGACUGUGCUGACUCUGCUUUGCUGUGACCCUGCUCCAAGGAAUGCCCCUGCAAAGUGAUGGGGAGGGACAUGCUCUCCUGCCUCAGGGGCUUGUAGCACUGAAAAGCUGGCUGGCUGGUCUUCAAGCCCAGUUCCAGGGUUUUUUUUCCUGAAAUGCUGCUUCAAUGGAAUGCAUUCACCAGCAAGCUGGGACAGGCCUGGCAAAAAUGUAGUGUUCACUAUAUUCUUGCCUUUCCAAACACAGUUUGGAAAGUUGUGCUUGGGAAGUCUGUUCUUUCCCUUGCCCAGUCACAUGUGCUUCCCUGCUCGUAAAUAUGAAAAGCUGGCAAGGUGACAAGACAGUAACAGGCAUGUUCUCUCUGCUCUCCAGGGCCACUCCAUACUGGCAAGCCAUGCUGGAGCGUUUUCCUUAGGUCAGUUUCCUGAUGUUCCCCUGUUGCAGCAAAGUUCAUCUCAGCUGUAUAUGGUUCACAUCAUGACUCCCUGGAAAAGUAAAUGCCUUGUAGAACA